AUGGAUUUCGUGCUGGUCCAAACUGGGACAAGCUCCGAGGUAGCGCCUCCCGUGCUCGGGGGAGGCGCCGUUGCGACGGAAACCCGGCAACAACAGAGGUCGCCCCCAAGGGAUGCGACGCAAACUUACGAGAGACGCCCCUUCGGGGGGACAGGUGACAACCACGCCAGGAUAAUGCAAGAGCUACGCCACAGAAUGCAGGACUUAGAGUGCAGGCUAGCAGAGAGAGAGCGCGACCAACGCUCCCCAGAGCGGAGCCCCACCCGUUCCCGUUCAAGGAGCCGCUCGAGGCGCACGCCCAGCCCCCAAUACGAGUCGGAGAGCACUGGGGGACGGGUACACCCCAGAAGAAGAAGUCGAGACCCCAUCAUCUACGCCCGACACGAAAGGCGGCGUGCGUCGAACAGGGGCGACGAGGAGGUGCGCCGCGAGAACGACGAGUCGAGAAGAACUGUCCGAGGACCCAUCAUAAUAGGAGCGACUCCUUUCCACCGUUCCGAUGCCCUCGAGCAAGCUAUCAGGGACGGCAAACUCGCCGACUUCUCCCACCUUAUAAGGGAACCGAGGAGACGCAACCGGGACAACGACAACGAGGACAGAUCCCGACCAACAAGACGGCGCCAGGAGCCAGAGGGUGACGACCACGGUCUCACGGUGGUAAACGUGGUGACGGCCAGGAAUACCGCCCCGAGGUCAAAAUCGGCGCAAAAAAAAGAUGCCAAGGUCCUAGCGGUCUCCACCUCAUCUGUUAGAAGUCUCAAGGGUCUCCCACCUAUCUCUUUCGGCCCGGAGGACCAAUGGUUUGACGAGGGGCGACUUGGAAACGGCGGUCGCUUGUGA